GACCGGCCGAGCGGCGUGUCAGGCGCGCGCGCGCGCGCCCGUCCGCCUGAGGGAGGGAGCUUGUUCUGAGGUACUUUUGGUGGGAACCGGAGCGAGGCCGCAGGCGGGCGGCGGCGGCGGCAGGAAGAAGAAGCGGUGCCGCUCGGUCUCUCCGCCCUUCCUUCCCCGGCCGGGCGGAUGCUUCGCGGAUAGGCGGCGGCGAGGAGAGGCGGCCACCUGGCUGUGGCUGGCGGCGACGGGGCCUGGCCGGGCCGGGCGAAGAUGGUGCUGCUGAGGGUCCUCGUCCUGCUCUGCUCCUGGGCGGCCGGAGCCGGAGGUCAAUAUGGAAACCCUCUAAAUAAAUACAUAAGACAUUAUGAAGGAUUGUCAUAUGAUGUGGAUUCAUUACACCAAAAACACCAGCGUGCCAAAAGAGCAGUAUCUCAUGAAGACCAAUUUUUGCGCUUAGAUUUUCAUGCUCAUGGGAGGCAUUUUAAUCUCAGACUGAAGAGAGAUAUGUCUCUCUUUAGUGACGACUUUAAGCUAGAGAUGUCAGAUAAAGUAAUUGAUUAUGAUACCUCCCAUGUUUACACUGGGCACAUUUAUGGUGAACAGGGAAGCUUUAGCCAUGGAUCUGUUAUUGAUGGAAGGUUUGAGGGAUUCGUUAAGACUCACACUGGAACCUUUUAUAUUGAGCCAGCGGAAAGAUAUAUUAAGGACAAAACCCUGCCUUUUCAUUCUAUCAUGUACCAUGAAGACGAUAUCAAAUACCCACAUAAGUAUGGACCACAAGGCGGCUGUGCAGAUCAUUCCGUCUUUGAAAAAAUGAGAAAAUACCAAAUGACUGGGAAAGAAGAGCCAAGACAGCAGCAGCCAUCUGAAGAAGAGGUCAAAGGGGACCCUGGGCUCUUGAGGAAAAAAAGAGCUGCACAAGCUGAAAAGAACACUUGUCAACUCUAUAUUCAAACCGACCAUCUUUUCUUCAGGUAUUAUGGAACCCGAGAAGCUGUGAUUGCGCAGAUUUCCAGCCAUGUUAAAGCAAUUGACACAAUUUACCAAUCUACAGAUUUCUCAGGAAUCAGAAAUAUCAGUUUUAUGGUGAAACGAAUUAGAAUCAACACUACCCAAGAUGAAAAAGACCCUACUAAUCCCUUCAGAUUUCCAAACAUUGGUGUGGAGAAAUUUCUAGAACUUAAUUCUGAGCAGAAUCAUGAUGAUUAUUGUUUGGCCUAUGUCUUUACUGAUCGUGAUUUUGAUGACGGUGUCCUUGGCUUGGCCUGGGUUGGAGCACCUUCAGGGAGCUCUGGUGGAAUCUGUGAGAAAAGCAAGCUUUAUUCUGAUGGGAAAAAGAAAUCCUUAAACACUGGCAUAAUCACUGUGCAAAACUAUGGUUCCCACGUCCCUCCUAAGGUCUCCCACAUCACCUUUGCGCAUGAAGUGGGGCAUAACUUUGGUUCUCCUCAUGAUUCUGGAACAGAAUGCACUCCGGGAGAGUCCAAAAACCCUGGGCAAAAAGAAAACGGCAAUUACAUAAUGUAUGCACGGGCAACCUCUGGUGACAAACUGAACAACAACAAAUUCUCUCUCUGUAGUAUUCGAAAUAUCAGCCAAGUCCUUGAAAAAAAGAGGAAUAAUUGUUUUGUUGAAUCCGGCCAGCCCAUCUGUGGAAACGGGCUGGUGGAGCAAGGCGAGCAGUGCGAUUGCGGCUACAGUGACCAGUGCAAAGACGAGUGCUGCUACGAUGCCAACCAGCCGGAGGACAAGAAGUGCAAGCUGAGACCCGGCAAGAGUUGCAGCCCCAGUGAAGGCCCCUGUUGUACACAGAAUUGUGAAUUCAAGAAAGAACGGGAAAAGUGCCGGAAUGACUCUGAGUGUGCAGAAGAAGGGAGGUGCAAUGGUAACUCUUCUUUCUGCCCAACAUCUGCACCAAAGAAAAACCUGACCGAGUGCAACAGACAUACCCAAGUUUGCAUCAAUGGUCAAUGUGCCGGCUCCAUUUGUGAGAAAUACAACUUAGAAGAAUGCACCUGUGCCAGCUCUGAUGCAAAGGACGACAAAGAACUAUGCCACGUCUGUUGCAUGAAGAGAAUGCAUCCGGAAACCUGUGCCAGUACAGGCUCUGAAGCAUGGAAGGCUCACUUCAGUUUCCAAACCAUUACACUCCAGCCUGGGUCUCCCUGCAAUGAUUUCAAAGGCUACUGUGAUGUAUUCAUGCGCUGUCGCCUGGUAGAUGCAGACGGCCCCCUGGCCAGGCUAAAGAAGGCCAUUUUCAACCCGGAACUCUAUGAAAACAUUGCCGAAUGGAUUGUGGCACAUUGGUGGGCUGUCCUGCUCAUGGGCAUCGCGCUCAUCAUGCUGAUGGCAGGAUUCAUUAAGAUCUGCAGCGUUCACACCCCAAGCAGCAACCCGAAGCUACCGCCACCCAAACCCCUUCCAGGCACUUUGAAGCGAAGGAGACCCCCUCCAACAACUCAGGCCCCUCCACGCCAGAGGCCCCGAGAGAACUACCAGAUGGGCCACAUGAGACGCUAAGGGCUGCUUUUUGCCUUGGUUCUUCCUAGUGCCUACAGUGGGAAAAUUUCACUCCAAAGAAAACCUGUAUUAAGUCAUUGUCCCUGGUCAACGGAGGAGGCUCUCAGGCCCUGAGACCCCCUUUCCCUGCCCUCAAGCGAAGUGGCUGGCCGUGAAGCAGAUCUUUAGCAGUUUUAAGCAAGGCGUUUCUCUCCUCCUCCUCCUCCUCCUCAGCUCUUCACGGAGGCCUUUCCUCACCUGCAGGCAAAGGAACCUCGAUGGAACCUCUCUGCAGGAAUGGAAGCAUCUCUUUCGGCUGCCCUGGCUAGGAAGCGAGGCGUUCCUUUGCCAAUGUACAUAAGUGGUCAUACACAGACAUUGUAUUUCUAACGUACACCUGUACUUCUGUGUGCAAUUGUAAAACAAUAUAAUUGCAAUAUGGAUGUUCCUUUAUAUUAUAAACCUUUUAUGCUCUUAAUGAAGAAAUUACUGUUUAAUUGACAUACUCAGGAUAACAGAAGGUUGACGGUGUAUAAAGGUCCAGGAUUCUGUAAUGCUUUACACAGGAAUUGUGAAUCACGUCAAGUCCAUGCAAUUUUUAUGCAUCUCUGUUUCGCUCAGAAUUACCGCUGAGGCCCUGUCCGGGUGCUGCGUUCGGGUCCCCUCCCGGCCCGGCUCUGCUGAAAGGAUUCCAGGCUGCUAUGGGAAGAGCUUGUCCGGGCUUUGGCUCGCCUGCCUGGGAUGGCGCUUCGUGGCUCGGUCGGUCGCCUGACCUCCUGAGAGGGCCGCAGAAGGAUUCAAAGAGGAAAAAGAAACCUUUGCCCGUUCUGUCAUGGUUUGGUAAUCGGUUCCCCUUGAUAAGUGGUAAUAAGGAUCCCGAUUCUGAAAAUUUGGGAGAAAGUGUUGUUUUGUUGUAACAAGUAUUGGAGUAAUCUUUCGGCAUGAAACUGUUUUAAAAGAUAACCACUAAAACAGAAGCCACUACUGCGGGAAUUGCUGUGGUUGUGUAACUAUUGUAGGCUGGGGAAUGUGGAAGGCACUAAAGAGGAUCUCAAACAGCACAAUGGCCCAAAGUUUUUACUGCAAGUGUAUAUAAUUGGCAUUUUUUAAAGGGAGAAAAAGCAAUGUCACAAUAUGCUUAACUGCUAUGCAGGAAAUGGAAGAGGGCAUUAUUCAAGCUUGACUUCACUGCUUCUGUUUUUCCAAAAGCGCCAAGCUGAUCGGGAACCAAAAGGCUGAAAAUAUUUCUGGCUUUGCUUAGAAACCCAGGUGUAUUUUGGGGGGGGGGGGGGGGGGAAGUGCUAGCCAAGCUGUGGAUUUUGUUUUGGUUUUCCAAGAGUAUGAGAUUUAGACAUUUCUGUCUCAUCGUGUGACUCGCAAGCCAGCAAGGCAGAAAACUUUAAAAGAAUAUAAUGGGAAUCUCUUCCUUGUAAAACUUGUACAGUAUGUGGUGACUUUUUUCAGAAUACAGGUUUUUUGUACAUGGUUUAGAGACAAAUUUUGUACAUGAAUCCCCCAGACUAAUAGAUUAUAAAUAAUUCUGAAGGAUCUUAACUAGCUAGAAGUCUCUGUAGUUGCUUUUAAAUCAUUUUAAACUACAUUUUGGGAUUUUUCUUCUUCUUCAAACUGUGCAAAGACUGGAAGCUUAGGUUUGCAUUUCUGAAAUGGUGGCUUUUAUUCUACAAGAGGUCUUAGUAACUUCUUGAGCAUGGUAGAUCUUGGACCAUGUAAAUUCUUUGCUUGUGAUGUUAUCCUGUGGCAGGCAGCCGUGCUUGGCAGAGAGCCAGCCGACUGCCCGGUUCUUACUAGGGCCGAAGUUUCAUGUUUUCUGCAAAGAAAAAAUGCACUGAACUCUCCAUUGCAAGUCAAGAUGUGGUAAAAUAAAACUAUCAAGGCAAAUUGCGAUCUAAUACUACUGUCAGUUUAAUGUCCACUGUGUUUUAUACAGUAUUUUUUGUUCACUUUGGAAAUUUUUACUAAAAAGUUGCAAAAAAAAAAUGAAGUAUUGUGCAAACAGAUGUAAGGGUUUUUGAAACUUGAAAUGCAUUAAUAAAUAGACCUGAUGAAAUCA